AGACCAUGACUGCAAUAAUGACCUCAGAGAAGUCCAGUCCUGGGCUGAGGUGCUGGCCGAUCCUGACCUUCACAGUGUUCCUGCAGUGUGUCUGCGUGGCCAUGGCUUACUUGUACUUCACCAGUGAGUUGCAGCAGGUGGGUUGCCACCUUUAGAACGGGAUCCACACUGUGUCAGAACUGGACAGGACCUCAAGGUCACCAUAGUGAACCAGCUCAAAUCUCAGAGGAAGAACAGACACAGGAGAGAAGCAAACACUUGUUGAGGGACACACAACUAAUUGAUGGCAGGGCCAGUCAAGGGCAUUGUGACUCAGGAUGCCUAGCCCACACCUGUGAUGUUUCCACCAUAUCCAACAGCUUGCUUUUAUUCAAAGGACAAAGGACAGCAGGCCUACUUUAAUUCCAAGCCAUGUGCUUAUCCAAGAUGCAGGACAAGUACUUCAAAACGAGCAUUGCUUGCUUCUUAAAGGAAGAUGACAGCUCUUGGGACUUCAAUGAUGAGAAUUUGAAUGAUCCCUGCUGGCAAGUAAAGUGGCAGCUGCGACAGUUUGUUAGAAAGAUAAAUUUGGGAACCUAUGAGGAAACCAUUUCUACAGUUUCAGAAAAGCAACAAGAUGGUCCUCGGCUAGUAAUUGGAAAAGGACUUCAGAGAGUAGCCGCUCACGUAACAGGGAAAACUCGAAGCACGACCGCAUUGCCAGUUCCAAAUGCCAAGGAUGAAAACAUUUUGGGCCAUAAAAUAACCUCCUGGGAGUCAUCAAGAAGAGGACAUUCAUUCUUGAGUAAUUUGCACCUGAGGAAUGGAGAGUUAAUUAUCCAUCAAACGGGGUUUUAUUAUAUCUAUUCCCAAACGUACUUUCGAUUUCUGGAACCUGAGAAUGAUUCAACAGUAGGCAUCAGAAAGAAAAACAAACAAAUGGUACAAUAUAUUUACAAAGUCACAGACUAUCCUGAACCUAUACUGCUGAUGAAAAGUGCUAGGAAUAGUUGUUGGUCUAAAGAUUCACAAUAUGGACUCUAUUCCAUCUAUCAAGGUGGAAUAUAUGAGCUUCAAGAAAAUGACAGAAUUUUUGUAUCUGUAACGAAUGCACAAUUGGUUGACAUGGACCAGCAAGCCAGUUAUUUUGGGGCCUUUUUAAUUGGCUAGAUGAUCUGCACUUUUGUUUUAAUCUUCAUGCAAAAAUGUUUUUUUUUAUAUAUAUACCUAUAUACAUAUAUACAUAUGUAUAUACUAGAGGCCCAGUGCACGAAUUUGUGCACCAGUGGGGUCCCUCAGUCUGGCCUGCGGGAUCGGGCUGAAACUGGUUCUCCAACAUCCCCCAAGGGGUCCUGGUUUGCAACAGGGUGCAGGCCAAACCGAGGGACCCCACUGGUGCACGAUCGAAGCUGAGGAGGGACCGCUGGAGGGCUCCAGGGCAUGUCUGGCUCGUCUCACUCAGUCCUGACCAGACCCCAGGAGCAAGUUAACUUACUGGUCUGAGCGUCUGCUCCCUGGUGGUCAGUGCAUGUUAUAGCGAAUGGUCGACUGGUCGACUAUCUGCCCUCUGGUGGUCAGUGCACAUCAUAGUGAACAGUUGAGUGUCCUUAGCAUAUCAUUAGGAUAUUAUGCUUUGAUUGGUUGAAUGGAUAACCAUAUGACUGGACACUUAGCAUAUUAGGCUUUUAUUAUAUAGGAUACAUGUGUAC